UUUUUCUCUGCUCAUAUAGUUGAUUGUGAAACUCGACUACAAGUUCAAAUGAUAAAAUCAAGUACUUUUUUUGCUUACAGAUCUUUACGGAGAAGUGAACUUGAAACAAUACAACCAAAAGCUUUCCAAGGAACUGAACUGACAGUCUUGUAAGUAUUAUUGGCUCGAAUAAGUUUGACUUAACUUACUCAACCGAAAUUUUAAAACUUUUGACAACGACCUUUCGGUCGUUUUUGUUCCUUUCUAAACCCACUUAACAUGCUUCUUAUCUCAUUCAUAGUGAUUUUCAUGCUUAUUGGCCAAAACCCAGCCUAUAAAGGAAGAUGUGAAAAAAAAAAAUGCGGUCUUGUUGCCACUAGCUAGCGGUCGCCAAAUGGUUAAUUCCGUGAUCGGGUCUGUGGCCCGUUUCUUGUCUCAGUCUGAGUUAUUAGCAGGCCCUGAAAGCAUUUUUUGUUUUCGUUCAAGAUAUAGGUUCAAAAGUUAAGGAGAUGAUAAACAAAUCAAUUAACAAAAUAUAAUGGACUGGCUUGUUAGCUACACACUUUUAUUCUUCAGAGUUUGAUUUCAUUUUUUUCUAAGAUUUUUUGUUUAGACGUUGAUUUGAUUUUGGGUCAGUUAAGUUACCGGGACAUGAAACGGGUCCCUGCAUGGUUAGGUUAGAUUUAGUUCGAGUGGUUACGUCGGGGAUUACCCUGCGAACAGAGUCUCCUUCGAUCUUCCUAGAUAAGUCGACUCAUCUAGGAAAUAUCGAAGCGACUCUGCUAGCAGGGUAGUCGGCGAUGACGUAUGUCACUAAUGACCAUCUUUUAUGGUUUUGCAGAGACCUAUCAUGGACAAAGAUCUCUUAUCUUCCUGGCGAGAACCUAGAGAGCCUUGAAGAUUUCUCCAUAGAGGGAGUGAAAAACUUGUGGGAAAUCCCGAUUGUUUCUUUUAAGAGCCUUAUGAAUGCUACAGUGGAGUAUCCAUUUCACUGCUGUCUAAUCCACGCUUAUUGGCCCAACAUAGGAGAUAUUGGCACUAAACCGCCCAAUUCGCCAAAUACCAGUGUACGAUAUUGCCCCCAAACAACAACUAGUGUAACAACUAUCAGUAUAUCAUCUACCAGCCCUCCUUUAACAACAACAACGGACCCUUCGCACGUGCCAGUCGGCAACACAGGGAUACCAGUGCUGACAUUAAAUCCGAAUGGUUGCGUGGACCCUGGUGCGCCAGUGAUCACGCAGCCGCCACGAGCACAUAGGAAAACAGUGAUUUGCAAGCCUGAAGCAGAUGCGUUUAACCCGUGCGGUGAUUUACUGGGUUCUGACGCUCUACGCGUGUGCUCGUGGAUCGUGCUGAUAUUAGCCCUGUUUGGAAACUCGAUAAAAAUGUUUGUUCUUGUCAUGAGCAAGCGUAAGAUUACCAUCGCUAAGAUUUUGAUGUGCAACUUAGCGAUGGCAAAUCUCUGCAUGGGUCUGUUUCUGUGCAUGUUAGCCAGCGCUGAUCUCUACUCGCUGGGAAUGUAUCAAAAUUUUGCUGUUCGAUGGCAGUACAGACAUGGGUGCAGGAUUGCGGGUUUCUUGUCAAUCUUUUCCACAGAGCUGUCAGUUUUUGUUCUAACAGUCAUCACGGUCGAGAGAUACUUCACCAUAGUGCAUCCUUUGAAACGGAACAAACACUUAAGAACCAAUCAGAUCAUAACGCUAAUGGUUUUAGGAUGGGUGUUUUCUUUAACAAUGGCUGUUCUACCCCUUCUACCGUACGGAGUAAGCAGCUAUCAGAAGGUCGCCAUAUGCCUUCCUUUUGAGGUAGAAAGCACAGGUUCCAAAGCGUAUGUCACUUUCCUGCUAGCAACCAAUGGUUUGGCGUUCUUCUUUGUGCUAUUUUGUUAUGGUCGAAUGUACUGCAGUCUUGGAGGAGCGGGAACUGGUGAUAGUAUAAACCGUGUAGAAAGACGAGUUGCCAAGCGAAUGGCGAUGCUUGUGAUUACAAACUUUGCUUGUUGGUUUCCAAUAGCACUUGUAAGUCUCAUCGCCAUAUAUGGUACAACCCUUAUUGGAAUUCCAGCGGCCCAAUUCUUCCUCGUUUUCGUUUAUCCAAUUAAUUCUUUUACGAACCCUUAUCUCUACGCCAUAGGCACAAAACACUUUCAGCUAGAUGCCUUGGAAAUCAUAGAGCGUCUAGGAAUUUGUAGCUCGGCUAUUAAAACUCUUCGCAACAGGAUUCGGGAUCAGCUCGACCCUCUCCCGAAUGCGUCCCGAAUAACCACCGAAAGCAGAAUAAGCCUCAGCUCUAUGCGAUCUCCAAACCAAACCCCUUCCGUGUCAACGAAAGAAAACUGCACUUUCUCAGAGUAUCGUGGAGAUAGCUGUAGAAGUCACAACGGGAGUGUUAGAAGUAAUAUUAACAUUCGCCAACAAGCGCGCUCGCCAAAGAACAGCCCCUCGUGUUCUUCGUGCAGUUUCUUGUCUAUUCCCUUGACUCACAAGAGAAAUUACAGCUUAAGACAGCAAAGGGAAGAAUCUGAUUCUAUAAUAAGCAUUAGUUUCGAGAAUAACUCUACGGACAAUCUUCGUUCAACGUUAGAAAGCCCCCAUGGAAUGGACAAAAUCCUCGCACGCCGAGCGUCCGCGAGGGAAGUCUUCCUUGAAGGAAAUAGUUUUUCAUCUCACAAAAAAAACGUUCGCGGUAGCAUUUCGAACGACAGCAAUGGAAACAUGCCGCUUAAGUCGGAGAAUGAAGACUUAGUGAAGAGUAGCGAGGAAGAGAGGGAGCGAGAAGAGAGUCAUUCGUUACUUAUUCCUACAGUGAUGAUAACUAACUGUUGA